AUAAAGAGAAGAAGCGCUGAUGGCUGGUGCCUCCUAGCGUAGUAACCUCAGUCUAGAGAUUUAUGUUUUUCUUCCUUCCUCCAAAAGCCUGCAUUUGUUGACAUUGCUCAUAUAUUAAUUCGGUUUCCGGCAUUUUCCUGGCGCGAUCUAGCAGAAGUGAUGCCCAAAAACGCGAGUGUUUCUGCAGAACAGCUGCUGCACACAUCAGCUGCUGGGAUGAAGGAUACGCAGAAGGCAGGUGUUUUGAAGGAUGCUGAUGCUGCCUUUGUUCCUACGGUCACUGCUGUUGCUUCAGCUCCAGAUCUCAAGUGGAUGGUCCUGUCGACUGACAUCUCUUCAGUGUCACCCUGCAGACAGCAGAAAACACAGAGCUCAUCUCAUGCCACAGAUGCCAAAGCUGCUCGAAAGACCUUCACUGGACGGAGAAAGGGGGCAAAGGAUCAGCUUUCUCCAGAGGAAGAGGAAAGGAAAAGAAUCAGAAGGGAAAGAAAUAAACUGGCAGCUGCCAAGUGUCGAAAUCGUAGGCGAGAUCUAACCAACAGCCUGCAAGCUGAAACCGACAGUCUGGAAGAAGACAAAGCGGCUCUGCAGUCCGAGAUCGCCAGCCUACUGAAGGAGAAAGAGCGACUGGAGCUCAUCCUUUCAGCUCACAAACCACACUGUAAACUCACAGAGGAGACAGAGAAUGAGGAACCAGCUCAAGCCCAGGAGGAGAAGACUCAAGCUGCCAGUGUGCCAGAGCAGGUGCCCGCCUCGCCCCCGCAGGCCGAUCCCACCAGCGCUGCCAUCUUCGGGGACUCAGACGUCCUCCUGUGCUCCAGCGCUGAACUGGGCGCCGCUGAGGUGGAGCCGUACAUCGAUAUGAGGGAUGUGUGCAUGGAAGAUAUCAGCAGCGUUAUAGACAGCGGAGAUGACAUGGAUCUGUUAGUGCCGGAUAUCGACCUGAGCAGCUCUCUGGGUCUGAGCGAAUGGGAAACGCUGUACAUGUCGAUGGGCGGUGGGCUGGAGCCCCUCAACUCGCCCACAUGCAGCGCCAGCACUGAUGCUGUGCCCGUCUUCAACUUUACUGACGCAGAUGCUGAGGAUCAUGAUACCGGUAAAGAAGAGGGGAAAUCAAAUGCAGCCAAAGAAAUGAUGGCGACUUUAUGAAGGGGUCUGGAAAGCCACCGUGUAAAAAUAUAUAUCUGUUCAUUAGCAGUUUCCAUAUGUUGUGAUUCAACUCAGUUCAUCUUUAUAGCACGUUUACAAUGUAGAUUGUGUCAAAGCAGCUUCAAGUUCAAGUGAAUUGAAACUGCUUCAGUCCAGUUUAGUUCAGUUCAGUGUAAGAUAAAUGUCACUGCUGAAAGACAAAACACUGAAGAGCAAAUCCAACGAUGCACAGCUCCACAAGUCCCAAAUCAAGCCAGUGGCGACAAACAUGCUUCACCAAUUGACGAAAGUGAAGGAAAAAAAAACUUGAGAAAAAACAGGCUUAGUUGGGCACCCAACCAGUUCUCCUCUGGCCAAACUUCUUGUGUAGAGCUUCAGUCUAGGCGCUAGACUCCUAGGCAGCCUUGGAGAAGCUGCAGAUCUGAUUCACAAGUGUUUUCUGUUUCUUUACGGUAGUGAAUUGCACUGUGGGAGCUUGAUCUCAGCUCUGUCUGAGUUUUGAUGGUUGAAAAGUCAACUCUACAGUUACACAAAGUGAAUUUUAUUAGGAUUUUUGUAGUUUGAAAUAAUAUAAAGUGUAUAUAUAGAGAAAUAAAAUAACAGAAAAUAUACUGGGCAGUAUAUUACAAGGUUUUCGUAAAAUACAACACCAUCUCAGACAAUAAAUGUCACUUUUAUACUAUUAAAAUGUUAAUAAAAGUCACUUUUUGUAACAUUUUUCAAGGGUAUAAGGUGUUGGAGGAAAGAUCAAGGUCCCAUAAUGCAAUUCAAAAGCAUAAAUAAAUGAGGGAAAAAUAAAAACGUGAAUCACAAAAUAGGUAAAACUGCUAAUUUACAGAUAUUUUACUUACAGUGCACUCCUUAAAGGAACACUCCACUUUGUAGUGUCAAACAGGCUCAUUUUAGUCCCCAAGGGUUAAACAGAUGAGUUUUACCAAUUUUUUUGAAUGCAUUCAGGCAAUCUAUGGGUCUAGCAGGAGCACUUUUAGAUUAGCUUAGCAUAGAUCAUUG